AUGGCAUCAAACCCAGUCAACCAUGUCGAGCAUGCGAACGAGGCAAGCCCCGCAAAUGCUGCAGACAAACAAGUCAACGUCCACAAGCGGUGCCUCUUGUGGGAUUGGACAAACACCCAGAAUUGCCCUUGGGCAAUGGAUAAGGUCAAUUUCCAUGGGCCCAUUCAUUCCUGCAGUAAUUGGAACACAUGGGUACCUCCCGAGCUCAAAGGCCGGUUGCCCUUCAGGCCCAUGGUGCGCACCACGGGUCAACUCGGUGGCCAAGACUGGGAGAACAUUGAAAAGACAACCGAACAUAUCAUCCAUUUCUUCAACGAGCCUGAACGUGCCGGUGUCAGCCCCGAGCAGGCAGCAGAUGCUUGGGUGAAGCAGAUGCUGCCCUUGCGCCAGCAAAAGGGCAAAAAGCUCGUGAGUCCGUCCUGCGCAGAUGACGGAGCUGGCCGGGCAUGGAUCGAGGACUUUAUGAAUCGCGUGCAGGCGCACCCGCCAGAUUAUCUUGGUCUCCAUUAUUAUGGCACCAACGGCGACGAUGCGAUCAAGUACAUUGAAGAAAUGCACCACAAGCAUCCCCACCAACCGAUCAUCGUAUCCGAAAUCGCGAGCAUCUCGAGAAAUAAGAAUGAAGUGUACCACUUCACUGCCCAGCUGGCAAACUGGAUGGACAAGACGCCGUGGGUGUUUGAGUAUGGCUUUUUCGGAUGCAUGGAGCAUGUCGCGGAUAACUUUGUCAGCCCGCAAGCUCAGCUGAUGAACCCGAAUGGGUCAUUCACCGAAUUGAUGCUCAAGUUGAUGAAUGAUGAGCCGAUAAAGCCAUAG